UGGAAGGAGCAGGAGGCUCCGGGUGGGCACUGGCCAAGACAGAACAAAAGCAGAAAGCAGAACUUUCGACUGGCUGUUCCUUCUCCACCGAGGCAGGAUGAGUCACCUGCGUCACCUCAGAGCCAGCCCUGCUCUCAGAGAGGCUUCUGUCCACCCCACUUCAUCUCUUUCCAGCUGGCUGGAAAUGCCCUUCCCAUGGCAAGAGAAAAUUAACUUUGGUUACGUUUGUUGGGAAGACAAAGACACAGACCUGAACGCUGAGACAAAAUGGAAAUCACUACGUAUCCCAGCAGGCCUAGUGGACCACAGGACGAAAGCCAAUAAGGGAAUCGAGGCAUUAGGCCACACCCCCUUCCCAGGUUGGCAAGGCAACUGAUCCCGAAGCCAGCCAAUCGGUGUGGGCACAGGCAGUUCCUCACUGUGGAAUCUGAUGGGCAAUGCCAUGGUGAUGACCCAAUAUAUCCGCCUUACCCCAGAUAUGCAAAGUAAACAGGGUGCCCUGUGGAACCGGGUGCCAUGUUUCCUGAGAGACUGGGAAUUGCAGGUGCACUUCAAAAUCCAUGGACAAGGGAAGAAGAAUCUGCAUGGGGAUGGCUUGGCAAUCUGGUACACAAAGGAUCGGAUGCAGCCAGGGCCUGUGUUUGGAAACAUGGACAAAUUUGUGGGGCUGGGAGUAUUUGUAGACACGUACCCCAAUGAGGAGAAGCAGCAAGAGGCCCAGAAGAGGCGAUAUUCUCCAGGAGUCCAGCGGGUAUUCCCUUAUAUCUCAGCCAUGGUGAACAAUGGCUCCCUCAGCUACGAUCAUGAGCGGGAUGGGAGGCCUACAGAGCUGGGGGGCUGUACAGCCAUUGUCCGCAAUCUGCAUUAUGACACCUUCCUUGUGAUUCGCUAUGUCAAGAGGCAUCUGACGAUAAUGAUGGACAUUGAUGGCAAGCAUGAGUGGAGGGACUGCAUUGAGGUGCCUGGGGUCCGUCUACCCCGGGGCUACUACUUUGGGACCUCCUCCAUCACUGGGGAUCUCUCUGAUAAUCAUGACGUCAUUUCCCUGAAGUUGUUUGAGCUGACAGUGGAGAGAACCCCAGAAGAGGAGAAGCUGCAUCGAGAUGUGUUCCUGCCCUCAGUGGACAACAUGAAGCUGCCUGAGGUGACCGCCCCAUUGCCACCCCUGAGUGGCCUGGCCCUCUUCCUCAUCGUCUUCUUCUCGCUGGUUUUUUCUGUAUUUGCCAUUGUCAUUGGUAUCAUACUCUACAACAAAUGGCAGGAACAGAGCCGAAAGCGUUUCUACUGAGUUGUCCUGCUACUGCCACCCCUGUGGCUGUCAUCAUGAGGCGUGGGAGGAGCAGGUGCUGGCCUGAGCAUAUAGCCCGGCAGGCCUUCUCUAGUCUCCAGCAGCUGGUCAGGGACUCUGUUCUGUCACUGGAACUUUGAAUGCAGGGAUACUGCAUUACCAUGGUCAUCCAUGGGGACAUCUGACUCUGGUUCAGGAAGCCCACCUACCCAGGGCAGUGCUGCUGUGAUGUGCCUUUCCCUGCAGUCCUUCCACUUGGGAGCUAAGAGGAUGGAGAGAAUAUAUACGGUUACGAUACCAAAAUCACAGAAAAGAAUUUCAUAGCUCAGGCUGCCUUGUUGUUGGACUCAGAGGACUCUUGUACUUCAUUUUUAAAUCUGCAAAGAAUACAACACUGAUAACUCCUCAGGCCUUCCAGGCAUCCAUUCAUUGCUUUUCAUCCAAGCCUCUGUCCACCUGAGGAACUUUCAUUAGAAAUCUGGAUGGAAGCUUCUUCCCUGUGUUGCCUUCUCCCUUCAUUCAUCGCUUUCUCCAAAUUCAGCCUGAACUGGAAGAGACCAUCUGGAUGCCUCUCUUUUGGGAGCCUGGGCUGCAGAACAAACUUAGGUUUUGCUGACCCUCUUUAGGUGGCCAUGGGGAAAGAGAUUUUUGCUUUAGCUCUCUGCUCUAGCGAUUGUUCUUUACCGUGAAUCUUGGCUUUCUUGGUUUGUGACUUUCCCAGUUGGUUCCUUUAGGCUCUCAGUCAGGCUUGGCACAGUUGGUUUGCAAGUCAAGAGAAGCUUGGAAGACUUCAUGGAUGUAAUAGGAAUAACUGUGAAACUGACCAGCUCCAUGUUUUGAUACCAAAAGCAACACUUGCCAUGUGGUCUGACCAUGUGGAGAUGUUUCUGGACUCUGGAGCCUGCAUGUUUUGUGUUUAUCAUGAUUUUUAGAAUCCCACUGAGUGUUCAAAAUGUAAAGAAACUUUCUUUUUUAGCCUCAGCUUGGAUACUCCACAAAGCGGAAACUUGGCUUCCUUUUCUUAAUGGCUAAGAGAACGCUGCUGUUCUUCUGUUACAAAUAUGGGAGCGAUAGACUCUUGUCAUCUGUGCCUGGAAGAGUUCAUUGUCAUUAAGUGACAGAGCCUGAGUGUCAUCCUCUGUAGGUCAAUCCUUGUUCCACUGCCUUAUCUGACAAGGGGUCAUGUGCUGCUCACCUGUCUGCCCUGUGAUUAAGUUGGCCAAUAGGCCAAUCUCCCUGGAGGGCCUGGAGCUUUGAGCCCUCCUAGCCAUGUACUUCUAUAGCCUAAGGGAAAUUCUUAAAAUGGUUGAUGGAAACCAAACAGUGUCCUUCCUUAUAGGGGUAGAUUUGGGGGAAGGUCUGGGCCAUCUUCUGAGCCCCAAGCCCAUCAACCCUUGCUCUGCCUUAUUUUAGGUUGGAAAAGGCCUCAGCUCAGCCCAGAAGGAAAGGAGGUCACCUUGGCUUCAUAAUAGGUUUCUGUCGUAUUUGGCUUUCUUCUGUCCCUGCCAUGUGUGCAAGUGAGCAUCACAGGCCACGGUGCUCUCCUACAGGUGGGAAUAAAAUGGGGUCCUCCUAAGACCUUCCUCCCAAGAGCAGAGCAGCUCUAGGGUGGGGUGCCAGAGCACAAACUGUUACCUGGAGCUUGGCCUUAGGACCACUUAGAGCUGACAAAGCAAAUGGCUCUUUUGUCUUUUUUGAGCUCAGGGGGAGAUUGACUAGAUGCCUCUGGUGGGAGGACCUAGGUGGGUUCUUGAGACGGCCCAGGCAGUGGUGCCAGAGGAAGGAGUCUCAUCGUGGGGGAGGGUGUGUGUGUGAGAUGAUCAAACUUAUGGGUUUUGUAUGAUUCCCGUUCAUGGGUUCCUUGAGACUUUUAAACAGGAUGGGGAAGAUAUGAAUUGCAAUCCCCACCCAGCAUGGGGUCAGCUUUGAGAAAUGUGUGAUGCAAGGAAACUGUCUAACCUAGCAUGGCAAGUCCUUCCCUAGUUCUUGAUUUUUAUUCUUAGAAACAAAUAUUUCCCAUUGUGAACGGGACCAAAUACUGUUCUAGGCCCCAUAAUCCCAGGUGUGCCCUAGAGGAGAUGCCCUAGGAGAAGAUGCCUGCUCUGUGGCGUGACUCUUUUGUGCAUAUGCCAUAGGGGUGAAAACAGUGAUUUUGGCAAACUGCUUACCCCACAUGAGCCAUUUCUCUCCUCACAGUCCCGCUUUCCCUUGGUUUCCCCCUGACUUCAGAGCCUCUUGGAGAGGAAGAGACUCUGAAGACUAGAGGUGGUGUAUAAAGAUGACAUUGUUCCCUGUC